CUUAAUCACAUACACAUUGUUUGAAUUUUAUUUGUAGGUCACAAAUAUGAUUAGAAUACGCAAAAUACUGUAUAUGAAUUAAAGCACUGACACAAUAGACUGUUUCCGCACGUCAUCAUUUACCUCAGUCAUAUGCCACUAAUUAAACAAAAAGCAUUAUCCUUUAUUUUAACAUAGGCCUAUAGAACAAAGUGUCAUAAGCACAUGGUACAUGGUGUAAUUAUUUGGGUGCUUAUUAUUAAAAAUUUGAAGUGACAAUUUAAAGUGGCUGUGAGCAAUACCACAUUUUACUAGAACCAUAGACUCUGAACUGAUGAGAGUUCUGAUAAAAAGAAAAUAAAUAGAAACAUCCAUGCCAUCCAAACAGCUUCUUUCUAAAGAACAAAUUGCCAUGAGCACAUGAAUCAUGGUGUAAUUCUUUUUGGGUUUAUUUUUAAUCAGGUCCGUAUGAACUGAUGACAGUUCUGAUUUUAAUGAUACCCAGAGAGAAUAAACACAACUGUCUCUGUCCAUUUCUCUCUCAUUUGUGUUUGUGUCUCUCUCCACUCUAUUAGCUCUUUCUCUCUUAGUUGUUUAUAGACUCAUUUUUUCACAGUGAUACCAUGAUAUUUUGCACUGACAGAACAACACAAAUAUGGAAAUGUGGUUGUGAUGUGGGUGGACAACAACACUACAUGGGCUGUCAUUUUUUUCCGACUAUAUUACAACCAAUCACAUGCCUUAGUUUAGGGCAUGCUCAGUAAAGGCCGCCUAUAAUAUAAAUACAAACCGCUCUUCCUUAUGCACUCUGUUUAGUGUGAGUACAUAAGAUGGCUCGUUUCUCUGUUUUCAUUUUAAUCUUCUGCUGUAUAUAUACAGUCGAACUUCGCAGGAAUUUUUCAGGUUCCGUCACAGAGCCAGGAGUUUAUCAGGCAGAUGAAGUUCUCUGUGUGAAUGUCGGUGACUCGGCUACUCUACCCUGCUGUGUUUUUGGAGACAAUGUUGGGGUAGUUAUUUGGUAUAAGCAACCAAACGGGAAACAGCCUCGGAUUAUGAGCAGUGGGCAUGAACCUGAUGAAGUCACAUUUUUCAAUGGAUUCCAAAAUCUUCGUUUUCAAUUACAGAGCUCUUUAAACUGCUUCAAUAUGAACAUUUCUAACAUCAUCCAGUCUGAUGAAGCCACGUACUACUGUGCCAUCAUAUCACCAUACAGUGUGUUUGGAAGUGGGACUUAUUUAAAAAUUAAAGAAACAUCUAAACCAGCUCUCAGUGAUAAUUCAGUGGAGGGUGAACCAACACUGCAUGGAAACAACACUAACAUGAACACACAAGAGAACACAGAAUCAGGAUUGAUCAGAUCUCUACAUUGGACAGUGAUCAGUUUGGGAAUGGCUUUGGGUUUGUGCGCACUUUUGAUAUUCUUUCUCACUUAUUUCAUACUGAGGAAAAGAGAAUGUGAUAAAAUCAAUGCUUCUGUAGAAGAGUCUCCAGGAAUGAGGCAGGAAUCUGAAGCUGAAACUCUGAAUUAUGCAGCACUGAAAUUCUCCAAAAGGAAAGCCAAAGCUGAGAAAAUCACAAAAGUAGAUGAAUGUGUGUACUCCACUGUGAAAUAAAACUACAUUAUAUAACGUUAAUUGCCUGGAACACAUAGUGUUAUAAGCUGAGCCACAGCAUGCCAGAGAUUUAAUUUCUGUUUCUCUGUUCUUUUUACAUGAAAAAUGUAUACCUUUUUAUUUGUACUGUAUAUAUAACUGAAUAAAGAUAAAAAUGCAUUGA